GACCUUUUCGCGUGUCCUCUCGGCGACUUAUUAUUUUGCCAGCCCAGCAUUACUUGUGUAGUAGCGGAUCUGAAAAGUGCUAGUCUUUCGUGUUGUAAUUAAUACAAGAAUAAAAAAAUAAUCAACAAUGUCCACCUACUUUCAAUACCCAACUCCUGAGCUGCAGGAGGAGCUCAAGAAGAUCGCUCAAGCAAUUGUAGCUCCCGCAAAGGGUAUCCUGGCCGCUGACGAAUCCACCGGUACAAUGGGCAAGCGUUUGCAGGACAUCGGCGUGGAGAACACAGAGGAGAACCGUCGUCGUUAUCGCCAACUCCUAUUCAGCUCUGACGCUGUGCUCUCCGAGAACAUCUCCGGUGUGAUCCUGUUCCACGAGACCCUUUACCAGAAGGCUGACGAUGGAACGCCUCUGGUCUCCCUGCUGGAGAAGAAGGGCAUCAUCCCCGGCAUCAAGGUCGACAAGGGUGUCGUCCCGCUGUUCGGAUCCGAAGACGAAUGCACCACCCAGGGUCUGGACGACCUCGCCCAGCGCUGCGCCCAGUACAAGAAGGACGGCUGCCACUUCGCCAAGUGGCGUUGCGUGCUGAAGAUCGGCCGCAACACCCCCUCGUACCAAGCUAUCCAGGAAAACGCUAAUGUGCUCGCCCGCUACGCCUCCAUCUGUCAGAGCCAGCGCAUCGUGCCGAUUGUCGAGCCCGAAGUCUUACCUGAUGGCGAGCACGACCUGGACCGCGCCCAGAAGGUGACUGAGGUCGUUCUGGCCGCCGUGUACAAGGCGCUGAACGACCACCACGUGUACCUCGAGGGGACACUCCUCAAGCCCAACAUGGUGACGGCCGGUCAGUCGUGCAAGAAGACGUACACUCCCAACGACGUCGCGCGCGCCACCGUCACCGCCCUCCUCCGCACCGUGCCCGCCGCAGUCCCCGGAGUGACAUUCCUCUCCGGUGGCCAGUCCGAAGAGGAGGCCUCGGUGCAUCUGAACGCUAUCAACGCUGUGGACCUCAAGAGGCCCUGGGUUCUGACGUUCAGCUACGGGCGCGCCCUCCAGGCUUCGGUGCUCCGCGCCUGGGGAGGGAAGACCGAGAACAUUCUCGCCGGACAGCAGGAGCUGAUCAAGCGUGCUAAGGCCAACGGUCUCGCAGCAGUCGGCAAAUACGUUGCCGGCUCUAUUCCUUCGCUGGCCGCUUCUAAAUCGAACUUUGUCAAAUCUCACGCUUAUUAAAUGAGGACGAAUUGACUGAUUCUAACAUUUGUUUGUUAAUAAAAACCAAUAAAAAAAAAAGUUUCUUAAUUCAAGUCAAGUUUUGUAAGACUGUUAAGUAUUUGAUACGUAGGUAAAGAUAUAUUUUUAAUUGAACGCCAUCUAUGAUUGAUAUAAUGAAACUUUUUUUUUUUUUAAUACAUUCCUAAAAACAAUAAUUCGUCUAAGUCGUUCGAUGUAUAUUGUAUUUUAUUUUGAAUAUAUUUUUUUUAGUAAAUACGAUGCUUUAGUUUGGCUUGUGCAUUUUGUCUUGUACUGUAGCAUAGUAUUUCCGUAUGUAGUUUUCAGCACGUAAAAAAAUAACAUAUCGCAUAAUUUGUGUAUUAAUGUCACGUAAAUGCAUCUGUUUAUAUUCUAAUAAAGUAUUUGUUGUUGA